AUGCUCGAUAUCAAAGCAGCGUCGAAAUCGCAUUUGACGAUUCCCAUUGAGCGACUGCACUUUCAUCGUUGGUUACAAUUUGCAUGUACCGAUGGUAUAGCUGAGCAUCCCGUCUUCCCACUUAUCCUUCAAAAUUUGGCAAUUCAUCUGUAUUCCAGAAAAACAUAUCUUGCAGCUAAAGUAUGCUACGGCGAGAAAUAUCUGAGAAAUCCAGUUAGUCAGCCGCUAUUCGAACAAUUGCGCACACGGAUUCUCCCACAAACUGAACAUCGCAGUGCAAAAAAUGUUGCUCUUUUUUAUAAGGCAUUUGCGCAAUGGUUAUCGAAUCCGAGUAUCUGCAGUAGCUCAUUUCGUUCGUACGACGAUUAUUUGCUCGAUCAUUUGCUGCAGUUCAUUGUCGCCAAUGACUUCCAUAUAUGGAUCGAGUAUGUCGAUCUAGAGCAGCUUCGAGCGCAGCUAGUGACUGGACAGAAGGUGUAUAUUUCUGCUUGUCAUCUUGGCUCAAUUACGCCUCCAGCAAGUGCAGCUUCAACUGAAAAUCUCACGCAGCUGAUAAGUAAAUUCAGUAAGCAAAAUAAGGCCCAGCCUUCUCCACUGACGCCUUUACAUCCAAAUUUACCGCGUGAAAUUGCUCUGGACCUCUCCGAUGCCUGCGACAGUCGCCGUUGCCUUAGCCUAUUUGCUUCGCAAUUAAAGGAAAUCAACGAAGGUGCAAGGUUUGUCUGUUGUUUCCUUAUUGAUAUGAUAUUUCAGCUGCGUGUCGUAUCAGUGCUUCUUUGA